AUGUUGUUUCGAUUGUCACAACCGUAUGAUAUACCAAAAUCGACUAUUGACUCGCAGUAUAAUACAACAACAACAGAUUAUUUGUCAUCGUCAUAUACGAAAUUAGGACAAUCAACACCUGAAUCGGAUUUUUAUGGUGGUCAUCAUAGUGAUUCACCUACGAAGCCAAGAUCUCGUCAACAUCAAUUACCUCGACAACGUAAUAAUUAUUUAACUGACUCACCUUCAGAUACUUCAAAUACUCAAUAUUCUCGACCGCGACGACAACAACAACAGCAAUCAAUAUAUCCAACAAAUAGUCCACAACGACCAAUAGUAAAUUUUCUUUUACCGUAA